AUGGAGCGGACAUACGUUAUCAUUGUCGGAGCAGGCCCCAGUGGCCUUGCUCUAGCGCUCGCGCUCGCACACCAACAAGUCAAGUGUAUUCUCCUCGAAGCGAAUCUCGACAUAUGCGAAGAUCCUCGGGCAAUUGCCAUUGCCGGCGAUACACAUCGCAUUCUGCAAUUGCUUGGGAUUAAUCAAGAGAAAAUGAAGAGUUUUGGACAGCCUUUGCCAUCCAUUAAUAUUCACCGGCAUUCCUUCACCGCGAAGCCCUUCCUAACAAUCAAUUAUGACAAAGAUUGGCUACAGCAAGGAUUAGCAAAUGGCACAACUGUCUUUCAACCAAAACUGGAGCAAUCGUUGCGCGACUUGGUCAAUGCUUCCGAUUAUGCGGAUUUGAGGACAGAGUGCCAGGUGUUGUCUUGUCGCCCUAGCGAGGAGGGUGUAGAGGCAACUUACGACAACAAAGGGACUACACAUCAGCUGAAAGGAGCAUUCUUAGUCGGUGCUGAUGGCAAGCGGGGAACGGUGCGCAAGGACUUCCUCGAGCCAUUUGGCAUCAAACAAGAAUACGGAAUACACGAGUACGAGGCCACAUGGAUUGCCGCAAACCUUCGAGUAAACGCACCCACCCCCGAAUCGCACCCAAAAUUCCCACUGUGGAAUCAAGGAUUCAAAUCUGACGAGCUCUGGGACUUGUUCUGGCCAAGUGGCUUCCAUUUCUGUAACCACCCAACAAUGCCAGUUGCAGCUGGCAGAUUUGGUCCUGUUAAUGAGCGUUUAUGGAGAUUUGAAUAUGAAUUACCUCAAGGCCAAAUGCCACCAAAUCUUAACGAAGAUCUUCAGAAGCAAUUGGAACGACACCUCACAAUCCAACCUGGCUACUAUCGGGGAAAAUUGAUCACGAGUCCCGUGGUGUUCCCUUGGGACUGUGUCGAGAUAAUGCGAUGUCAGCCGGCGCUGUUCGCCCACAAGGUCGUCAACCGAUGGUUUGACAAUCGAACCAUUUUGAUAGGCGAUGCUGCGCAUGUUUUCCCCCCAUUUGGAGCCCAAGGCAUUGCCAACGGUGUUCGGGACGCUAUUGCAUUAUCCUGGCGUAUUGCCCUGAUGAUCAGGCUUAAGUCAGGCGCUGAAAUUCCAACCCGAAGCAACCGACUGCUGUACGUCUGGUCUCAAGAACGACGAAAAGGGGUGAAUGAUUCGAGCGUAGAGACGAUGCGAAAUGGGGCCUUGAUGAGGAACAAGUCCUGGAUAGUUGCGACAGUGCUGGGUAUCCUUAAUGGUUACGUGGGCGUGCCCGAUGGAUUCUUCCAAGCAAACGCACAUGGGGGCAGUAAGACUGCGCAAAUCUGGGUUAAGGCAACUAGCGGCUCGAUCCUUCUCACAGACGAGUUAUUCUGGAAGCCAAAGUCAAUCUUCACUCUAUUGAUUGUCAGCCCGAUCAAGCAAAAUGAAGCUGAGGAGCUCGAGCUGAUGCUUGAGGCGGCAGACUUACCUCCCAACAUUCUGGCUCACGAGAUUCCGGAGAUCCGCUUCAAGGGAUCGUCCUCUUCUGAUUACCCCACUUCGAAACGGAUCCUCCAGUACACAGUGUGCGAGCUCAGUGACUUGGAAGAAGAACGCAUCCACGUCUUCCCUGGCUACGACCACACAUCCUUCAGGAACCGGCUCCGCACCGAGGCGCGCUAUGUGUUAAUCAGACCUGAUUUCGUCAUCUAUUCUCAGGCGUCGACUCUAAAGCAGCUCGUGGGCCAGCUCCAGAUCGCAAAAGACAUGCUGGCGACAUAAUGAACGGGGUCUUCACAGCAAUGACUCCAACUGACGUCCUAGUUGCCGUUUACGGAGGGCAAUUUCUCCUGUCAAUUGAUCGGAAUUGAUCAAUCUGCCAGGAGCAACAGAUGGAUUGCUGUGACGCAAAAGUGUUGGACGGGC